CAGGGCCCGUUGAACACUGUUGAACAUAUCUAGGCCCUCUCGGUUCUAUGAACAUGUUUCAGACCGUGCCUGACACUUCGUCUUACGUCAAGGUAAGACAACAUCGUCUCUUCGAGCAGGUAAUUUUGGUGGACGGUCUGGGUCCUCCCUAAUUUUAUAUUCAUGAUGAUACUUUGUGAAUAAUUAGCAUCUGCUUGUCAUUCCUUAAAUGGCUAUCGGUAGGUCUACCCUAGGCCUAAUAUGAUAGGUAUAUUGAAUAGGUAUCCUAUCAAUUAAAUCUUGCCACAAUUGUCUCUCUUAUUCCGUUGUUGUUACCAUGUUAUAACCGUUCUGCAAGAAUAGGCCUGUAUUCAAACAUUUUAAGGUAGCCUACUGUAUAAUGUGAUUAUGUUUAUCUGUCUAGAGAUCAUUAUUCAUUUAAUGUCUUUGCCUUCAGUGCGGGACCGUUAUAGCACAUUCUUAUAUUUGACAUCAUGCAGUUUUUUCCUCUCUCCGCCCCAGUCUCAAAGAAUGUAAACAAAGCAAAUAGUGGACAUCUGGUUUUCACGUUUAAAACUCCGUGCAUUGAAUCACAUGGUACAGCGUGGGAUUCCUGCAACCGGACAAUUUAUAGGCCUUGGGAUGAUUUGUUAGAAACGAAAUAUGCAUUCCCAUUGUUAAUCUUAUAGCCUAUAUUAAACUGCACAAUCCAGGACAUGCCAUAACCUGAGUUUAGGAAACUAUCAGUGUAAGUGCAGUCGUUAUGUAUUAUGGGAAUGUAUCGUUUGAGUUUAAAACCUAUUUGCCUACUUGUCAUUGUGCUGCCUGUUGAUUGCUCAUCAUAACACAUCAACAUUUCAGUAGACUAUUAUGGAAUCAGGCUGUUUUAAAAUAAUAUUGGAAAUGUGAUGCCAUAUCUUUCUUUCAUAGAUCAUUGGUCGAAGACCAAUUGCAAAUAGGCGGAGCCUGAAAAUGAACAAUUGUGCUUAGUCAAUUCAUUCAUAAAAUCUUUAUACUCAAAAUAUUCCAAGAGUGACUUGUUAUGUUUUGGCGACUUAUUGCCCUUUGCAUAUAAGGGCUCUUUUCAUUCACCCAUAACGUUUGUAGCGCUCUGCAGAAAGACUUGAGUUUCACUGGACACAUUGCUUGAGUUCUCUGAACAAUUCCCGAUUUUUUUAUGGGAGACUUGAACAGCAAGGAAUGUUUGAGGAGGAAAUAUGCUUUGAAAUGAGCCAUUCUGCUCCCUAAAUAAGACAACAAGUCAAUGACGAGGAAACAAAUCCAGGAACCUGUGCAAAGUGCUCUUUGGGUAACCAUUGAACGCGUAAGAUUCCUUAAGCAACCCAAAUUUAACACAAAGUUGGUCAGGUCAAUGAAUAUCGCAUUGCCCAGGUUUUAAUCUAAACCUUCACUGAAUCAUUUUGCAUUUGGGUGCAAGAUAUUGAUUGUUCAGAAUUUGAACCAGGCACGCCUCAAGACACAUUUUAAAGAAAUAUUCUGCUUCAUGGUCUAGCAUUGGUUUUGUUUGAUUAAGGCCAGGCGAGACUCGAGCUCUCCAAUAAAAAUAAAUCUCAAAUUAAUUAUGGCCCCGAGCAAGGGACCAGACUGUUCGGUCUUGUGUUCUGCAGUCUUUGCUUUUUGCCCUGAGUAUUUUUACUUGGGCUUUCUUUUUGCCCGAGAGAGAGAAGGUGCUUACCAGAACUCUCAAGUCUAAUGAACAAUCUUAAAUGGCCGAUCCAUAUCCAUGUCUAUGUAGUGGUUAGAAUAAUAGGCCUAAAACUUUUGGCACAUAAAUUAAUUUAUAGAAGUCACAACAGACCGGGGCGGCAGGUAGCUUAGUGGUUAAGAGCGUUGUGCCAGUAACCGAAAGGUCGCUGGUUCUAAUCCCCGAGCCGACUAGGUGAAAGAUCUGUCGAUGUGCCCUUGAGCAAGGCACUUAACCCUAAUUGCUCAUGUAAGUCGCUCUGGAUAAGAGCGUCUGCUAAAUGACUAAAAAUAAAAAAAUAAAAAAAUAGACCACAACCUGUAGGCCUAGGCCUAAUGUUAGUUUGUUUUGUAUUUUAUUAAUGAAUAUUUGUUCACGAAUAAUAUAAACAUAGGCCUCUUUCAGUAGGCUAAUAAUCUUGCCUAAUAAUUAUGAUGAAAACCUAUAAUAAUAUCGACAUAAUUAUCACCGUCAUAAUUUAGCCUUAGAUCAUUUGGUAACAUUAUGGAGAUGUUUAGGCCUAUAUAGGCUAUUAUUGCACACUUGUAAGCAUGUGAAGUUAUGAAGUGCUGUAAGUCCACGAUGAGCAAAAGGGCAAACAUUUAAAAACUGAAACAAACCUAAGUGCUGUCCACCCACUUCUUGUAUUGUCCAAUGGAGGAGCUAUGGCUUCCCACAGCUCGUGGUAGGAAAUGUCUGGCUGUCAGAUUUCAGCGUCAAGGCAGAUGUUCUGUGGUUCGCUGUAUAAACCAACUUGCAUCUGUUUAUUGGCCUCCGAAAAUAUUUGUUACCACUCUCUUUGCAUAAACCUGCAUGUUCCGUGCGUAAUGGCGUGAAUAAUUUGAUUAGCUAUAGCCUGCUCUUACUUAGUCUUUAGUUUGUUAGUGUUUGCCUCGGUUACUGUGGCUCUGUGACUAACUCAAUCAAUAGUGCUAGAUGAUUUCAGAGUUUGGUCACAUUAUACCUGAAGUAACCUCAGGUGUCAACGAAUCACACAAUAUUUUGUUUGCGUUUUACGGGGUAUUAGGCAUAUUUGAAAUUGGCCUACGUAUAUGGCCCACAAAAUGACAGUAAUUCACUAUUAGGCCUACCAGUCAAUAGGCUAUUUAAAAUAAUAAACAUGUAUUAUUUUCAAAACGUUAAGCCAUACCAAUGCACUCUGCUAUUGCAAACGGGUCUACAAUGGAUGGAAUCUAUAAUGAAUAGUAUACUAUGACAUUCAUUCGGCCUACUUUCCUUUUGAAUGAAAAUGAACGAAAUCCAAUACAAAACCGUGGAAUGUUGAAUAAGAAAAAGUAACGGCCACUAAAUAGUUAAACAAGGUGUCUCCCUUAAUUACACGAGGCUGAACUGGCCUCAGGCAGAAGAAGCCUUGACCUCAAGCAGGAUCCAGAUGUGGUGGUAUAGAGGGGGCCUCUCCCCCAACAGACCCCCAAGUCGAGAGCAGACAGGCCGACCCGUCUGUCAGUCCCAGCGUCGUAGGCUCCGUUUGGCCGCUCUGUGGCAUGGCCGCUCCCCCAGGCAGAGCCCUAUUGGUCUGGUCACGUUCAGACCUGGCUCCAUGUCUAGCAUCUGCGCUGAAAUUGUGUCUAAAUUGAUGAGGGCAAUUUCCAAAGGUAGAGGGAAAAUGGUUGGGGGUGGGGACUGGAGAUUUUUGUCCAUGGGUCCAGUAGCCUAAGGAAGAAAGUAGUUCAACUAUAGCCUAGGUCUAAUAAUAAUAAUAAUAAUAAUAAUAAUAACAAUAAUAAUAAUAAUAAUAAUAAUAAUAAUAGAAGCCUAUAAUAAUGUAAUAACAUGUAAUAACAAUGUCAUAACAUCACAUGGGAGUAGGUUUACUUCAUCAUUACAUUAAUGAAAACCAUACAAAUGUACUCAUGAACUAAACUCCAAACAUAUUAAGAGAGGGAUUCCCCUUAGCAAUAUUUGGAAAUAUACAAUCCAUCAUCAUGGAAACAGACGCACACGUGUAGAGCAGACCUUGAUAGAAUGCCUCUGGGGCGCUGCGUGCUUGGAUUUUCUUAAUGGUGUUUCAGGAAAACUUCACAGAGACUUGGAAGGCUAUAACAAAGAGUAGCCUAGAUCGCAACAACCCUUGCCACAGGUAGUUCAAGUUCGUAUUCCUCUUGGUUUGAUUUACAGUUCAUUUCAUCAGCACUCUCGCGGAAAACAUCUGUCUGCUUUGAAAGUGAAACUUUAUUUUAUAUCUCUAUCUCGCAGUGGAAACGCGAAUAUAAGAAGUUAAAAGAGUGUGUGAUGAUUUAGGCUACAGUAAAAUCAGAAUUGUGGACAAAAAUGUUUAACGCAUUGCAUUAAAGAAAUAAGGAGAUUAUAAAACAUGAUGGAAUCACAUAACAGUCUAUACCGGUUUAAAUUAUAACUUUUUCAUUGGCAAAUGAAUUUAACAUAAUACAUGUAUAUUGAUGAAAUUGUUGAAACAAUCUCAUUCGCCACUGUCUGUGACCUUUGGAUAAAAAAUUACACAAAUGUAGCCUACAACAACAUAUGCAUAACGCUGGCAACCAUUCUGUAAAUAUUUCCAAGUAAAAACAUUAACAGCGGAGGGAACACGCAAUUGUUUCCCCUGCUUAUCUCUUUGGGACAAGUAUCCUGCUUUUUAGAGCUGCAAUGGAGGCAGGGCUUGCAGUGACAUACAUAGCUUCCUUCUCAAAAGCGGUGACUUCCCUUCCCAAAUGUUGAGAAAAAAAACCAUCCGGUUAACUGUCUCUUUCUCUCUGAGACAUAUCGGGGGCUGGAAUUAUUUCAGGAGCGUGUCAUGUUUGGAAUAUUUUUGGGGUCCGCGCAAAAUGGACGGAACUAUUAAGGUAAGGGUGGAGGACGGGGUGUACGAAUUACUGAGAGGUUUGCUUUUCGGAGUUGCGCCUUCUUUUAGCAUGAGUUGCUAUGUCUGUGAGCAGUAGCUUACAAUGUUGGGCAAUGAACGGCUUUUUAUUUUUCUCCGAAAGCAGUAACCAGAUUUCCUUCUAUUUUCCUCUUCUUCCCGAAGUUUCCAUUUCCUUUAGGAAACUCUGAAAGUGAAAAUAAGCUUUCGUUGGAUAAGACGUUUAGACUCGAUAUAUGCUUUCAAUGUUGGAAGGAGCGCGUAGACGCACGUCUGGAAUUAAACAAAAUAGUUAUUUUAUUCAGUGAAAAGUAUGUAAAUAUAUAACAAAAUGGAAGGCAAUUAUAUUUCUCCAGAUGAAAUAGUGGUGGGGAGGGAUUAAGCAAUAUGUAGGCGAUAUAUGGCUGUACUGUUAGAUUAACGUGCGUUUCUUUGUAAAGUAUAAUGUGUCAAAGAAGUGGCUGCGCAAUACUGGUGGCACUGUGCCCGGGGAUCCUCUCACAGUUUAUGGUUCAAAACGUUAAUGAUGGUGUUUUGGUGGUUCAUGGCGUUUAUUAUGCAGGAUAUACAAGGAAGUACAAUCCGUGCGUAAAACCAUAGAUGUUUUACUUGCCAUUUUUAGGAGCCUUGUCAAUGGCCAAAAUGUCAUUUGUAAAUAUCACGGGGUGAUUGAGAAGCGAAAACUGCGCAUCUCCUUCUUCUAAUUCACUAAUAACAAAAGGCUCACAUGCUUACAUGGGUAUUUAUACUUAUAUUGAACACAAAAAGUUAUUCAUAAUAGGGAGAGUGCAUUUUUUAGUCUUGAGGGACGGGUAUUCAAGCGCGGUCUUCGGUUAGCCAUGCAGCCUCCGGUAUUGAAAUUCCAGAUGCAUGGCUAUGCAGAUGUUUGAUGGUUAGGUCCCUGCAUUUCACACCACGGUAUUGUGUCUUGAGUUUGAGUAGACAUGGCUGAUUGUCAAAUAUGUUAUUCUGCUCCUAUUUCUAACUAACUGGACUAUUAUAAUACCCAUGGAAAUGUAAUGUCCUGCCAGUGUGUUUUCUUUGGAUGUUGAAAGAAGCAGGUUUGUGUGGUUGAAGUGGUGGCUGGGUGUGAUGUAAGUUUUGGAACAGGAUAAGCGUUGACUGCACAGAAAAGUUGAAUUUAUAUUAAAUCAUUCUCACCCGACUGGUUUGUGAUUGUUUAGUACACAAACAUGCAAAAUAGAAAAAUGUAGGCCUUGUGAAAUGAUUGUUUAUAUUCUCCUAAAUUAUUAUAUAAUGAUGACGAUAAUAUUACAACAAUAAUGACUAAUUAUUAUAAAUGUAUCAGGACUGUGUAUGUCUCUGUGUGUAUAUUUGAUUGACUACUAACUGUAUUGGGAGGGGGGGGGGGGGGGGGGGGGGGGGGGCUUCCUGUUCUACACAAUCUGGUUUCCUGACAGGUUUCCCUUUCCUCCUCAAACAAAGAACAGGAAUGCACCCUGAAUUGCAACGAAGCUGAUGGGUGUGUGUGGACAACAAAAUAGACGCGUGCAGUCUGGAAGUGGCACACUGGGCACUGGCACACAGACCCUUCCAAAAAAACACGUCGUGACGCAUUUGCAGGCAGGCUGUUUGGCUGUAAAGCAUCUGUGGUGGCCCAGGCACGUGGCAGCUUCCACUGUCAGUUUCCCAAGAAGAGUUUAUGAAGACCUGUUAGUUUAUGAAUGAGGGUGGUGAACAACAUGACCCUAUUCUGAGAUGAUAAUAUUUAAUUAUUGAUAAUACAGUGAAUAAUUUAGAGAAAGCAAGACUUGGAGUGCCAUUCUUUUUGUUCCCUGAGAAAAACAAUUGUAGACUACUUGAAUAGCCUAUAUGGGAAGGGAUGUUGGCACAAGAUGUUCAGAAGAGACAAAUGUAGAUCAAUUAACUGUAUCUCUGUCCCACCCGUACCAUUUGCAGUGUGUGUGUUCCACACUGAUACAGAACACACAUAUCAAAUAGACUCAGAGUGGUGUGUUAGACUGUUUGGAAGUGCAUACACUCACACUAUUUUUAAAACCUGUAAUCUUGAUAGGCACAUGCCACUUGCCAAUCAUGGAUUACAUGGCAGGGCCUGAUAUGUCAGUGUAAAUGUAACGUGCAACAGCCAUAAUAGGAGAGCUGCACAUUCCCUCUCUGCUCUCAACAUAUAAUCCACAGCCCUGGCCAGCUGCUGUAUAAACCACUCUGAUAGGGUAUAUGGUUGCCAGACUGCCAGUGUCCAGCUAUGAUGGUUUGACAUGAGAUCACAGGCAUGUCUGUCCAACUCUGAGGGCAUUAUCAGAUGCUGUCUCACAGUAUCAUCCAUCCACCCUUCCCAAUGAAUGGCCUCAAAAUCUGUCACUUUGGGCAGUUUGGAACCUUUGGCACAUCACAGACACAUACAGUCAGUGUUAGUGUCUGUUGUUUGCAUUAGUUUGUUGAAACGUACUGUACGUGCAUGUACUAUGUGUAUUCUUCUGAUUAGCGGUGAUGAUAGAAAUCUCCAUCCCAAGAUAAGACAUCUCAGGAAAUUAGUACACAGGCUGUAAACAGGAGACUGGCCGUUGCAGGUAUCACUGUAACUUCAGUCCACAGGGCAAACUUCUUCACCUUUUCACUUGUUAGGACUCAUUGAAAUGUAGCCCUAAUAACCUUUUUUAUCCAUGUUUGCUAUUUCAUGAACAAAGUCAGAUGUGUUUUGAUGCCUACAUACUUUGUUGUUCGACAGGGGAAGAACUGUGCGCUAAUGGCACAUCUUUGUCUUGAUCUAGGAUGUUAUCUUUGAACAUAUCUUUAAUCCCUCAGGAUUACAGAUAUCUCUGUCUAACCUGUGUCUUCAGAUGCUAUUAGAUCAGAUGUGUGUCAGACGUGAGCCAAAUCCUUGAAAUGGCUUAACUGUAAUGACUCUAGAUCAGUUUGUCUCUAUUGCUGCUGCUUUGUUUCACUAAAAUAUGUAAUUGACAGAGCUGAGGCAAGGCAGGCCUCACCAGCUCCGUAGUUCAUAGUAAACAGAGGGUUUAAAACUGAUUUAGCUAAGAGGCUGCCACAGUCUAUAUAGGCAGAGCCGUUUACCUGUAUAUCUCAAACAUACUCUACAUCUCUUUGGCUCUGUGUAUAGGUUACUGUAUGUCAAAUCAUUGGAAUAGCAAGUAUUAUAUUCCCAUUAGCCCAUAUACAUCUCUGACAAUGAUAGAUCUGAUAUGUAUUUCAUACAUCAAUUACCAGACAUGAGACGGAACACGUGGACACAGACAGAGGAGUGUUCCAGUGGAGCCGUUUGUUUUCUUUAAUAAAUGUACAUUGUUCCAACAGAGCCAUUGCACUGUGGUCAAUGUAGAACUGACCCCCUCGCUGUUUCUGUUGAGUCUUCAGCUGCCAUUCCUUCUCUGUGGAAGGAAAACUCAGACUAGAUCUUGUUGUGUGUAGUAGUCAUCAGAAUUGUAGUCAUGUUUGAAGUCAUGGUAACAUCAACAGGAAGCUUUAGUUGCUAGAUAGACCCAAUCGCUGUAUACACAAACCACUUAGGAUGCCAGAUUGCGAUAUGACACAUAACUGCACAUAAUUACUGUAAACAAAAUGUGUCUACAACAAGUGAGAGAUUGAAGUUGUGAGAUCACAGGUUCUCUCUGUUAUUCUAGAGGUGCCCCACUAUAACCUGUUCCUCCUCUGGCCUGCAGGAGGCACUGUCAGUGGUGAGUGAAGACCAGUCCCUGUUCGAGCCUCCUUACGCUGCUGCUGCCCCUCUACCCAAGACAGACAUGACUGCAUCUGGCACACAGGACUACGUCCAGCCCCACAAAAUUAACCCGUUACCCCCUCAGCAAGAGUGGAUUAACCAGCCAGUCCGAGUCAACGUCAAGAGAGAGUAUGACCACAUCAAUGUAUCCAGGUACGUUCAGCAGUAGACACAGUCCAUCGCUCUAGACUCCAGGUCUUAUGCCUUGUCCCUGUAUGUCUUAGUCUCUGCUGAUUAGAGUUGAUGUUCCCUAGAUUAGUCUAGAUUCAAAAGGACAGUGGAUCAUAACAAUUGCUUGUGCACGGUUAGAUAAGAUUUUUGGCCACCUUCUGCAGUAAGUGAGCUGCUCAUCUACCACUCACUCACCUGACACUUAAAUUCCAUUGGACUAUCUCUAGCUCUGCUCCAUUGUCCCUGUGGUUGGUCUAUAUUUCAAACCAUUUUCAUCUCACUUUAUUACAUGCUUAGAGCCAAUAUAAAAAUGUCUUGUCUCUCCCUGACACACACUGUGUGUCUGUGCAGUAGGGAGUCCCCAGUGGACUGCAGUGUGGGGGGUAAAUGCAAUAAGCUGGUGGGGGGCAACGACACAUCUCAGAUGAGUUACGGAAGCUACAUGGACGAGAAGAACGUUCCGCCCCCCAACAUGACUACCAAUGAGAGGAGAGUCAUCGUCCCCGCAGGUAACAAUGACUUCUAUGAUACAAACCACGUGGUAUAUCUUUAUAAUUAACAAAAAUUCCAUUUUGUUUUUAUUUGUUUUCUCAUGUUAUUAAUUGCUCAUAAACUAGACCUAGAAGUAAUAUGACUCUCCAUUCCAGGCUGUGAGAAAGGUUUAUUUCUCAGUCGUUUUUCUUCACAGUCAGAUAGAGGGCCUAUAAACAUGCUCUCAAUUGGCAUACAUUGUCUGAUGUCGUAGAAAUAUUUUUAUUAGCCCCGGAUCUAUUUAGCUGGGUCACGGGUGAAGGCUCUUUGAUGCUUUUGUUAGUAAUGUUUUAGCAUGACUAAACACAUGUCACGCCCUGACUCAGGGGACUCUUAUAUGUUGAGUCAGGGUGUGAAUGUUCUAUGUUGUGUUUUCUAUGUUUUCAUUCUAGGAUUGUAUGUCUAUGUUUGACCGGGUUUGAUUCCCAAUCAGAGACAGCUGUCGCUCGUUGUCUCUGAUUGGGGUUCAUACUUAGGCAGCCUGUUGGCAUGCAUUAGUUGUGGGAUCUUGUUCCGUGUGUAGGCUUGUUUUGUGUUCAGCCUUAGGACUUCACAUGUGGUUUGGUUUGGUUUGGUUUGGAUUGUUGUUUUGUUGUAUGUUUAUCGGUGAAAUAAACAUGUACGCAUUUCACGCUGCGCCUUGGUCUGACCUGUCCUUAAACGAACGUGACAGAAGAUCCCACCAAACACGGACCAAGCAGCGUGCCCAGGAGGACCGAACACCCUGGACACAGGUGGGGAAGAUGUGGUCGUGGGAGGAGAUAUUUGUGGGGAAAGGACCCUGGGCGAAGAAGGAAGCCCAGGCAGGAGAGGAGCAAAGGCAACACAGAAGCCGGCCGAGGAGGAAGCCCGAGAAGCAGCCCCAAGAAAAAAAAUUUGGGGGCUAAAGGGGUGGUCGGGGAGCGAGAGAGAAGAGCCCCGACCACUGCACCCGGUGGGUUUCCAGAUUGAGUCCCUACGACCAUGGGAAGAAGAGUGGGAACAGUAACAUACUGAGGAGUCGGAGGAUGACGACGACGAUGAGUUUCUGUUCCCUAACUCGUGGGGGCUCCCGGAGGAGUCCUCACUGGAGGAGGAGUGCCGAGAGAGAGAGAAAGAUCGGAUCUGCAGGGUAAGAGAGGAGGCCACCAUAUUACGGGGGCUGAUAGAUAGAAUAGAGCGGGAAAGAUCAAUUCAAGAGGAGGCACUGCAGGAGGCUCGUAGGGAAAAGGAGGAAGUAGAGGCACGGAGAGAGGAGCUGGUUAGGCAACUUAAGGAGCGGGGGUUAAUAAAGGAACCCAGGUAUGCGGAGAUACGCACUGUGUCACCAGUGAACCUUCCCAGUCCUGCUCCUCGCACCAGACCUGUGGUGCGUGUCUCCAGUCCGGCCCGGCCCGUUCCUGCUCCUCGCACCAGACCAGUGGUGCGUGUUCCCAGUCCGGCCCGGCCCGUGCCUGCUCCCCGCACCAAGCCAGUGGUGCGUGUCUCCAGUCCGGCCCGGUCCGUUCCUGCUCCUCGCACCAGACCUUUGGUGCGUGUCUCCAGUCCGGCCUGGCCCGUUCCUGCUCCUCGCACCAGACCAGUGGUGCGUGUUCCCAGUCCGGCCCGGCCUGUGCCUGCUCCCCGCACCAAGCCAGUGGUGCGUGUCUCCAGUCCGGCCCGGCCCGUUCCUGCUCCUCGCACCAGACCAGUGGUGCGUGUUCCCAGUCCAGACCGGCCCGUGCCUGCUCCCCGCACCAAGCCAGUGGUGCGUGUCGCCAGCCCGGUACGACCCGUACCUGCUCCCCGCACCAAGCCAGUGGUGCGUGUUCCGAGUCCGGCCCGGCCUGUUCCUGCUCCUCGCACCAAGCCAGUGGUGCGUGUUCCCAGUCCGGCCCGACCUGUUCCUGCUACUCGCACCAAGCCAGUGGUGCGUGUCUCCAGUCCGGCCCGGCCCGUUCCUGCUCCUUGCACCAGACCAGUGGUGCGUGUUUCCAGUCCGGCCCGGCCUGUUCCUGCUCCUCGCACCAAGCCAGUGGUGCGUGUUGCCAGUCCGGCCCGGCCUGUUCCUGCUCCCCGCACCAAGCCAGUGGUGCGUGUCGCCAGCCCGGUGGGAUCUUGUUCCGUGUGUAGGCUUGUUUUGUGUUCAGCCUUAGGACUUCACGUUUGGUUUGGUUUGUUGUUUUGUUGUAUGUUUAUCGGUGAAAUAAACAUGUACGCAUUUCACACUGUGCCUUGGUCUGACCCGUCCUUAAACGAACGUGACAACACAUAAUGGCAACAGAGGUCUGUUCAGUCAAAGAGCUCUUUACAUUAGCUAAUUCACAUAUUACAGAGUAUUAUUUAUGAGGGAUAAAUGCUUUGGGAAACAUUCUCUCUCUGUCAGUCUUGGAAGAGAUGUACAGUGAGGGAAGGAAGUAUUUGAUCCCCUGCUGAUUUUGUACGUUUGCCCACUGACAAAGAAAUGAUCAGUCUAUAAUUUUUAUGGUAGGUUUAUUUGAUCAGUGAGAGACAGAAUAACAACAACAAAAUCCAGAAAAACGCAUGUCAAAAAUGUUAUAAAUUGAUUUGCAUUUUAAUGAGGGAAAUAAGUAUUUGACCCCUCUGCAAAACAUUACUUACUACUUGGUGGCAAAACCCUUGUUGACAAAUCAAAUCAAAUCAAAUCAAAUUUUAUUGGUCACAUGCGCCGAAUACAACAGGUGCAGACAUUACAGUGAAAUGCUUACUUACAGCCCUUAACCAACAGUGCAUUUAUUUUAAACAAAAAAGUAAGAAUAAAACAACAACAAAAAAGUGUUGAGAAAAAAAGAGCAGAAGUAAAAAUAAAGUGACAGUAGGGAGGCUAUAUAUACAAUAGAAUAAAGUGACAGUAGGGAGGCUAUAUAUACAGGGGGGUACCGUUGCAUAGUCAAUGUGCGGGGGCACCGGCUAGUUGAGGUAGUUGAGGUAAUAUGUACAUGUGGGUAGAGUUAAAGUGACUAUGCAUAAAUACUUAACAGAGUAGCAGCAGCGUAAAAAGUAUGGGGUGGGGGGGCAGUGCAAAUAGUCCGGGUAGCCAUGAUUAGCUGUUCAGGAGUCUUAUGGCUUGGGGGUAGAAGCUGUCAGACGUUUCUUGUAGUUGGCCACCAGGUUUGCACACAUGUCAGGAGGGAUUUUGUCCCACUCCUCUUUGCAGAUUUUCUCCAAGUCAUUAAGGUUUCGAGGCUGACGUUUGGCAACUCGAACCUUCAGCUCCCUCCACAGAUUUUCUAUGGGAUUAAGGUCUGGAGACUGGCUAGGCCACUCCAGGACCUUAAUGUGCUUCUUCUUGAGCCACUCCUUUGUUGCCUUGGCCGUGUGUUUUGGGUCAUUGUCAUGCUGGAAUACCCAUCCACGACCCAUUUUCAAUGCCCUGGCUGAGGGAAGGAGGUUCUCACCCAAGAUUUGACGGUACAUGGCCCUGUCCAUCGUCCCUUUGAUGCGGUGAAGUUGUCCUGUCCCCUUAGCAGAAAAACACCCCCAAAGCAUAAUGUUUCCACCUCCAUGUUCGACGGUGGGGAUGGUGUUCUUGGGGUCAUAGGCAGCAUUCCUCCUCCUCCAAACACGGCGAGUUGAGUUGAUGCCAAAGAGCUCCAAUUUGGUCUCAUCUUACAACAACACUUUCACCCAGUUCUCCUCUGAAUCAUUCAGAUGUUCAUUGGCAAACUUCAGACGGCCCUGUAUAUGUGCUUUCUUGAGCAGGGGGACCUUGCGGGCGCUGCAGGAUUUCAGUCCUUCACGGCGUAGUGUGUUACCAAUUGUUUUCUUGGUGACUUUGGUCCCAGCUGCCUUGAGAUCAUUGACAAGAUCCUCCCGUGUAGUUCUGUGCUGAUUACUCACCGUUCUUAUGAUCAUUGCAACUCCACGAGGUGAGAUCUUGCAUGGAGCCCCAGGCCAAGGGAGAUGACAGUUAUUUUGUGUUUCUUCCAUUUGCGAAUAAUCGCACCAACUGUUGUCACCUUCUCACCAAGCUGCUUGGCGACGGUCUUGUAGCCCAGUCCAGCCUUGUGUAGGUCUACAAUCUUGUCCCUGACAUCCUUGGAGAGCUCUUUGGUCUUGGACAUGGUGGAGAGUUUGGAAUCUGAUUGAUUGAUUGCUUCUGUGGACAGGUGUCUUUUAUACAGGUAACAAACUGAGAUUAGGAGCACUCCCUUUAAGAGUGUGCUCCUAAUCUCAGCUCGUUACCUGUAUAAAAGACACCUGGGAGCCAGAAAUCAAAUAGUCAAAUACUUAUUUCCCUCAUUAAAAUGCAAAUCAAUUUAUAACAUUUUUGACAUGCGUUUUUCUGGAUUUUUUUGUUGUUAAUCUGUCUCUCACUGUUCCAAUAAACCUACAAUAAAAAUUACAGACUGAUCAAUUCUUUGUCAGUUGGAAAACGUACAAAAUCAGCAGGGGAUCAAAUACUUUUUUCCCUCACUGUAUGGUACAUCAGAUAUACUGUAGAAUAGAUGUAGGCAUAUGAUUUGACUCCAUCAUAUUAUUACAUAGGCUACACAAUCUGGGAAAGGAUGGAUCACAUAAAUGAAUUGAAAGAUGGAUGAAUGAAUAGCUAGAUAAAUAAACAAGUGAAAAUAAUGGAUAAAUAAAUGAGCCAUACUCUGGAAAUAAUUAUGAGACCAAAACUUGAAUUGCAUUCUCAAUCACUGUGAAAAGAGUAGAUUGUCCAGUGCUGUUUACGCUACCUCUGUCCCCUUGCCUUCCUCCAGAUCCAUCGCUGUGGUCUCACGAUCAUGUCCGCCAGUGGCUAGAGUGGGCCAUCAAGGAGUACGGCCUACUGGAGAUGGACACGGCCAUGUUCCAGAACACAGAGGGCAAGGAGCUGUGUAAGAUGAGCAAGGACGACUUCCUCCGACUCACCACAAUGUACAACGCUGAAGUCCUGCUCUCUCAUCUCAAUUACCUCAGGGAAAGUAAGUUCUGGCAGCCAUUUGAAUUGAUCUAUACUGAACAAAAAUAUAAAUGCAACAUGUAAAGUGUUGGUCCCAUGUUUCAUGAGCUAAAAUAAAAGAUCCCAGAAAUGUUCCAUAAGCACAAAAAACGUAUUUCUCUCAAAUGUUGUGCACAAAUUUGUUUACAUCCCAGUUAGUGAGCACUUUACCUUUGCCAAGAUAAUCCAUUCACCUGACAGGUGUGGCAUAUUAAGAAGAUGAUUAAAUAGCAUGAUCAUUACACAGGUGCACCUUGUGCUGGGGACAAUAAAAGGCCACUCUAAAAUGUGAAGUUUUGUCACACAACACAAUGCCAUGGAUUGUCUCAAGUUUUGAGGGAGCAUGCAAUUGGCAUGCUGACUGCAGGCAUGUCCACCAGAGCUGUUGCCAGAGAAUUGAAUGUUAAUUUCUCUACCAUAUGCCGCCUCCAAUGUCAUUUUAGAGAAUUUGGCAGUACGUCCAACCAGCUUCACAACCGCAGACCACAUGUAAGGUGUCGUGUGGGCGAGCGGUUUGCUGAUGUCAACGUUGUGAACAGACUGCCCCAUGGUGGUGGUGGGAUUAUGGUAUGGGCAGGCAUAAACUACGGACAAUGAACACAAUUGCAUUUUAUCGAUGGCAAUUUAAAUGCACAGAGAUACCGUGACGAGAUCCUGAGGCCCAUUGUUGUGCCAUUCAUCCGCUGCCAUCACCUCAUGUUUCACCAUGAUAAUGCACAGCCCCAUGUCGCAAGGAUCUGUAUACAAUUCCUGAAAGCUGAAAAUGUCACAGUUCUUCCAUGGCCUGCAUACUCACCAGACAUGUCACCCAGUGAGCAUAUUUGGGAUGCUCUGGAUUGACGUGUAUGACAGCGUGUUCCAGGUCCCGCCAAUAUCCAGCAACUUCACACAGCCAUUGAAUAGGAGUCGGAAAACAUUCCACAGGCCACAAUCAACAGCCUGAUCAACUCUAUGCGAAGGAGAUGUGUCGCGUUGCAUGAGGCAAAUGGUGGUCACACCAGAUACUGACUGGUUUUCUGAUCCACGCCCCCUACCUUUUUUUAAAGGUAUCUAUCUGUGACCAACAGAUGCAUACCUUUAUUCCCAGUCAUAUAAAAUCCAUAGAUUAAAUGAACUGAUUUCCUUAUAUGAACUCUAACUCAGUAAACUUUGAAAUUGUUGCAUGUUGCGUUUAUAUUUUUGUUCAGUGUAUGUCUGAUGGAUCACAGAGGUGUAGGACUCUAGUUUCUCAGUGAUCUUUAUUCUCAAUGUGGUAACAAACAGUGACAAGGUGACAAAACAGAAAUUCUCUGUCUCUUCCAUUAGCCAGUUUGUACUGCAGUCUCACAUUGACCUACUGUACAUCCAGUCUCGUUCACCCGGCUAUGUGAGAAUGCCAGAAAACGCGGUAUACCCGUUUGUAAUGUUUUACAUAGGUAUUUUUACUGGAUUGGUUUUUCAUAAAGAGUAGAGGAGGCUUAAAUAGCACAGAUAUUUCAGUCUCUGUUUCUCAGUGCAUCGCCCCUGUUUUUGGAUGUGAACUGAGGGUAAGAAUGCCAAACCAAGGGAAAUAACAUGACUCACUGUGUUUUGUCACCAUAGUCUUCAUUUUACAGUCACCAGACAAUGAUACAGCCUUACUGGAAACCUGGACCCCAUUUCUCCAAAAUGGCCGCCCUGCAGGCCAUGGCACAUACAGCUAUUGCAGCCACGAGGACUUAAGAGUUUUUCCCCUGUAGAUAACCAUCAUCUCUGGACUGUAACCCACUCUGCCUCCACUUAGGAGUGCCUUAUUCCACAUAGGCCACAGUAAGAUGAAGCCCAUGUGCAUUGCCUCAGGAAUCACAUGAGCGAGUGAGAUCUAUGUGUUCAGCAGAGCACAGGAAGUUUAUCUGUAAUAUACAAUGGAGGCAGCUUUGCUGAUUCAUUGGAAGGCCUUUUGUACAUUACGGGCUCGCAUGUUUUGGCAGCGAGACACGGCUGUAAAGAAACAAGGUUUCUCUACACCAAUAUGCAAAUGCCAUCUAUAAGCAACAUAUCAGGAGGACAGGCAGCAUCUGGCAUCGCGUACAGAUCACCUGGACUGUGUACCAUUCUGUGCUCUGCUGUAUAGUUCAGAUUUUAUAGUCAUCCACUGUAUUGUAUGGAGUUGGUGGAUGGCCAUCACAAAACAUACUAAGCCAUAAUGUUGGAGGCCAUCCAUAAAAUCAGUUAUUUCAGUAAACCAGUAAAUAUUUCCAUGGAUAUCUCACCCUCUAUGUAUGACGGUUAUCCUCUGCUGUUUGUACUGUACUGCAAGAAUAGCAGCUGCGGCUACAAAACGUCAUGACAUGGAGCUGGAUGGAGCCCCUAAUGGUUUACUAAUUUUAACGUUUCUCUUAAAAAUUGUGAUGUAAUGGGAUCUUUAUUCCGUGAGUGUCAACAGUUUUCUCUGUGCUGUGUGUGGCGUCUGGGCCCAGAGAAUGGGGAUGACUGCCGUGAGUAUAACAGCCACAUUGUGUUACAAUGCAGGAUGGACUGGAGUCUCUGUGUGUCUGAUUGACCACGGCCGGGCCCUCUCUGCAGAGCAGUUUUCAUUAGAAACGGUUGCCGCGGGACUUAGCCUGGCUUAGGCGUGCUGCACUGCGGCUCUCCCCCCGCCACAAUUCUUUUGAUUUAGUUGUUGUGUGUUUUGGAAACAGAAGAGAUGUUUUGGAAUCCUCCGUUCGGCCAUUGAAAUUGCUUUGGACCCCUUCCCAAGCGAGGAGACAAAUGCUCUCUCCUCGUCCCGUGCCUGGCUGAUCAGUAGCAGGCCUUUUGUGAAAUGAGCAAUGCUAGGGCGUAUAUUGACACGGGGCGGUGAGCUCGGGUUGAGGUGGGAGGAACUGUGUUAGUAAAGGCACGACGUCGGAAGAGGGUGGGGAGAUUCCAGGGUUUAUCCUGACCUCAGGGCAGCAGAUUUGAAACUGAAGCCGAUCUCUUCCCCCCUGCAGCACAAACAAAUACAAUCACAGACAAGUAGCUAGCCCGUCCAGAACGCAGACCUCUGGCUUCACUCAUGAGGAGAGCUGGAGCGGGGCCGAGCUCUCGGUUUAGACUCAGACACACAUAUACAAGGAGAGGGAGAGGCAGGCCCUGGAAGUAUUUAGUGAUUACAGGCCAUCUGAUGCCUCACCCUCUCCCAUCCUCCCCCAUCCACUCUCCUCCCAACCCGACGACGGUCCGUCCUCGACGAGCUGGAAUCAUUUCAUACACAUAUGUGUACACCAUGUGUGUUACUUUGGGGUCUGUUUAUUGAAACUAUGAUUAACAUUCUUCAGUGUCAUUAAGCUUGUUCAUUGUAGACCAGAGCAGGGCAGGGACAUUUCCCCUCCCUGCGGCUAUACGCUAACAUGCUGACCACACCGCGUGCGUCCGCGUGUGCCAUCGCGCACAUGUUGAUUUUGUCUGUGAUCAGGACACGCAGGUUGAAAUAUCAAACAAACUCUGAACCAACUAUAUUAAUUUGGGGACAGGUCGAAAAGCAUUAAACAUUUAUGGCAAUUUAGCUAGUUAGCUUACUGUUGCUAGCUAAUUUGUCCUGGGAUAUAAACAUUGUGUUGUUAUUCUACCUGAAAUGCACAAGGUCCUCUACUCUGACAAUUAAUUCACAGAUAAAAGGGUAAACCGAGUUCAUUUCUAGUAAUCUAUCCUCCUUCAGGCUUCUUCUUCUUCUUUGGACUUUAGAUGGUGGUUGGCAACCAACUUUAAGGUGCAUUACCACACCAACUGGACUGGAGUGUGGACCUCAGUUCAUCUUUCAAUCACCCACGUGGGUAUAUGUUCCUAAAAACCAAUGAGGAGAUGGGAGAGGCGGGACUUGCAGCGGGUCAAGCGUCACAAAUAGAACCAAGUUCUAUUUUAGCGCCUGGCUACGCAGACACUUGUUGACACGCGCGAGCAGUGUGGGUGCAAUGAUUAAACAACAUGUGGUCAGCAUGUAACAGUAACAGCACACGCCUGUCUGAUUACUCUUAGUCAUACACAGAGAGGAAUAUCAUAAAUGCAGAUGCCAGCAAGACAUUCUGCACAUACCUGAAUCUCUGUCUCCUGCUGCGAACAGUAAUAAGGGUGGUUGCCUGUGCAUUAUUUUGGCCCCAUUUUUGGUCACUUAUCCAGAUUUUUAUAUGUGAUGGCCGCCCUUUCUGCAAUGUGCUUUCAAUUUGGGGCGCAAUUUGAGAAUUUGUUCAAAUUAGUCUGUCAGGGAGGGACUGUGGACUGUUUGCUUUAUUUCACCCAUGUAGGUCGGUUUGAUACCACAUGUGCUGGAACGAACCAAGCACAGCACAGUGAAACCUCCAACAAGGAGAGACUGUAUCCUCAGACACAGAGACAGGAGAAAGAGAAAAAAAAAGAGUGGGAGUUUUUAUUGAAGUGCGUGGAAGUGGCCUGAAGUGGCUUUGAUUGAAUGCCAUAGGAGAAUAGCUGCAUUGCUUUCUUUCCCAGCUGUCCCUGCUCUGGUCUGCUCUGUGUGGCUGACUGUGGCUGGAUGGAUUUACAGGAGGGAGUGGAGAAAGUGAUAAGUCUGGGCUCCCAGCCUCCCAGGCUGCCUCUGCUCCUUAACCUACUGCUGCUGGUGCAGCCCGCUCCAGAGUGGGGAAACUCUCAAGCCCUCAAUAGUUUAUGCAGACCAUAAACAUCUGGGCUGAAGGCUGCAGAGGAAAAGGCGGUCUGGAGUUCUUUCCUUCGCCGCCAGUCUCUCUCUCUCUCUGUCUCUCUCUCUCUUUAGGUUUUUAUGGAGGUCUCCCUGCAUUAGUUAUUUCUAUUAGCAGAUUAGCACUGCAGUGUAGGGGCUCAGAGGCCUGGCUGCCUGCCUCUGUUGUUAGCUGUUAGGUACCAUUACACAGCACCUCUGGUUGGUUUGGAUUGGUCAUGGAACUGGGCUAAUGUAGUCUAGUGACUGGGGUCUCCUAGGUCUCCUUUUAAGGGGCUCUGGUCUCACCGCCCGUGUGGGUGCCCCUCAGUUUGUUGAUGGAGAGAAGGGUAUGUACAUGUUUGAGGGGGUAGUAUAGAUUUUAGCUUGGUAGGAUCAACAACAGGCCAGGGCUCAGCAAAGGUCAAUGACGUCUAACCAUCUCACAGGGAUGUCUGUCAAUAUUAUGGUGUGUCAAGAUGGAGGAUGGAGGGGCAGGGGGCAUUUUAAAGAGUCAUCAUUCAUAGAAAAGAAAGAAAAGAAAACAGUGCUUUGGAGGUAUUAUGUAAUAGAAGAACAGACUCUGGGCAGAUGUAGCUCGGUUGGAGGAGGCUGAACAUUAGCCAGUCAUCCCACUGUGCAGUCAGAUUACUGGGAAGUGUUUGUUUUUCGAGGGGGAAGAGCGCGUCCAAAUAAAUAGGCGGUGUGACCAAGCCUCCCUCGCUCAAAGUGUUGGCGUUCCCCAUUUCUCUCUCUCUCUCUCUCUCUCUCUCUCUCUCUCUCUCUCUCUCUCUCUCUCUCUCUCUCUCUCUCUCUCUCUCUCUCUCUCUCUCUCUCUCUCUCUCUCUCUCUCUCUCUCUCUCUCUCUCUCUCUCUCUCUCUCUCUCUCUCUCUCUCAGAAUAGAGGUCCCAGCAUUCUCUUUUUAAUCUGUUUUCUCAGCAGCUCUGCCUGUCUGGGGCGGCCCCCAUGUGGAACGCAGUAGGGUAGGGGUUAACCCUACCCCCUUCUAUCUCUCCCUCUCCCUCUCCCUCUCCCUCUCCCUCUCCCUCUCCCUCUCCCUCUCUUUCUACUUAUUUUACUCCCCCUGAGGAUGGGUCGGUAUAGUGCCUGCCCCGUGCACUUACACUGAGAGUGUGGAAUAAUGUUUGUAUGGGGAGCUGCGUUUGAUUGCUGUGCAGGGACCCUACCUCAAACAAUGCUUCCCCUGUUCACUAGCCCCAGGUCCAAACCAGGACCAGAGCCUUGGGGGUGGCGUGGGCUGGGGUGGAGCGGGAAUGGGGUGGGGGUUAGAAUAUGUGUGUAGAGCCCCCCCGCCUCGCUCCACCAGCCCCCCAAAAAACAGCCCCCAGGUCUGACUUGCUGUGGGCCCUCUCAUUCCCCUCCACCCUCCAAAAUGAGCAAAGGCAUCCUGCAUUCCCAAGCUGUAGCCUAUAGUGUUAUUCAUCUCUCCAUCUCCUCCUGCCCAUUCAGAAAAGCUCCUAGAGUUCCUUCCUAACCAGCAACUCCCCAUAGUAGUAGUCUUGUAUUACAUCUUACACUCCCCAUAGCAGUUGUAGCACUGGUGUUUUCCCAGUGCAUUUUUGGUCUGUUUUUCCACUCUGAUUUAUGCCUCGGGGUAGCUAAAAUUAAGAGAGCGUUUUGGUGCCGCCUGUGUCAGCAGAGGAAUGCAGAGCACAGUUCUGCUCCAUAAGGUGAAAUGAAAAGCUAGCCAUCAUGCUAUUAUACAUAGUCUUGGUUUCUUGGACUUUAAUAGUCAGGAGGUUUGUGGUGGAAAUGUUGACUCAACACAGCAUUCCAAGUUUAAAGGAUUACAUAUUAAAAUAUUGCUAGGUCGAUUUUUUAUUGGGUAGAAUGGAUUGAUUGUUUACCAUGUACCAUGGGCAGUUAAGUAUAAUUUUAAGAGGCAUCUCAAAUGAAAGGAAAUUGAGAUCUACCUACAGUAAUCAAGGACCUUCUUACCGCCACCUGCUGGGUGUUGGCCAGUUUUACUACUCACAGCUAACCAUACUGGCUAAAAGGUUAAAUAGCAUAGUAUAGUAAUUCAAGUUAUUACAUUUAAUGUUUCGUUAUUCAUUAUACACUGAGUGUACAAAACAUUAGGAACACAUUCCUAAUAUUGAGUUGACUCCAAUGCUUCCCACAGUUGUGUAAGGUUGGCUGGAUAUCCUUUGGGUGAUGGACCAUUCUUUAUACACCAUUCUUGGAAACUGUUGAGAGUGAAAAACCCAGCAGCGUUGCCGUUCUUGACACACUCAAAUCGGUGCGCCUGUAACCUACUACCAUACCCUGUUCAAAGGCACUUCAAUAUUUUGUCUUGCCCAUUCACCCUCUGAAUGGCAUACAUACACAAUCCAUGUCUCAAAUGUCUUAAGGCUUAAAAAUCAUUAUUUAACAUUGAUUGAAGUGGAUUUAACAGGUGACAUCAAUAAGGGAUCAUAGCUUUCACCUGGAUUCACCUCAUCAGUCUAUUUACAUUUACAUUUACAUUUACAUCAUUUAGCAGACGCUUUUAUCCAGAGCGACUUACAAAUUGGUGCAUUCAACUUACGAUAGCCAGUGGGACAACCACCUUUUAAAAAAUUAUUUAAAAAAAAAUAGGGGGUGGGGGAAGAAGGAUUACUUUAUACUAUUCCAGGUAUUCCUUAAAGAGGUAGGGUUUCAAGUGUCUCCGGAAGGUGGUGAGUGACUCCGCUGUCCUGGCGUCGUGGGGGAGCUUGUUCCACCAUUGGGGUGCCAGAGCAGUGAAUAGCUUUGAUUGGGUUGAGCGGGAACUGUGCUUUCGUAGAGGUAGGGGAGCUAGCAGGCCAGAGGUGGAUGAAUGUAGUGCCCUCGUUUGGGUGUAGGGUCUGAUCAGAGCCUGAAGGUAAGGAGGUGCCUAUGUCAUGGAAAGAGCAGGUGUUCCUAAUGUUUUGUACACUCAGUGUAUAAUGAAUAAUGAAACAUUCAAAUUAAUAACUUGAAUUACUAUACUAUACUAUAUAACCUAUUAGCCAGUAUUUGUUAUUAAUCUUGCCCUAUGCACAGAUAACUGUAAACUUUGAGAUCAUACAGCUCUGACCUUGUGCCCAUCUGGCGUGUUGCAGGUAGCUCGUCAUUAUCCUACAACACUCCAUCUCACAUGGAUCAGUCUCCACGCCCGGCUGCCAAAGAAGGUAGGACAGCAUUAUCUUCCAAAACCUUACUGCUAAUGUUAAAUAUGGGCAACUGUUUUCUAUUUCAGAGGUGUUUUUAUAGGGGACCAGGUUUCCUGUAUCGAAGAGAGCCAGGUAUAUGCUGGGAGAGAGAGAGAGAGCGAGAGAGAGAGAGAGAGAGAGAAUGAGAGAGAGAGAGAGAGAGCAAGAGAGAAUGAGAGCGAGGUCAAGAAAGAAUGUUCUCAUUUAGCAUGAUCAUUUAGCCAAAACAAUAGAGCUGCGGCACGCUCCUCUCUGUCUGCCAGCCCCUCAGCGCACGACUGUCUCAGUGUGAGUGCCAGUUCCCUCUCUGCUGCAACAGCGGAGAACAGGCCCAGGUCCUGGGAACACCAGGAAGAGACGCAGCUAUUGA